AUGUCCUCAUCGACACACGAAAAUUUGGUUGAGGCAAUCAAAGAGUUGACACGUUGCGGGGACGCUCUUCCCCCCGCCAACGCCGAGUUGAUUAAACAAGUGAAAGCGGAGCUUACAGGCUUUGUGGAAUCGAGCGUGGUCAACCCACGUAUGGUUUAUGCACUUGCCCAACGUGAGCGCCUUCACUCUCUUUUUUCCCUUUAUGUGACGGAACGGUUACGGCGAAUAGAAAAGAUUCGGUGGGACAUAGGUACCACCAUUCCUCUCUCUGUUUCUGUUAACAUGACUUCCGAGGAAAAGUCUUAUUUUAAGAAGUUCUCUUCUAUAAUUGGCGACUUUUCCGAGUUUAUAGAGGUUGAUGUUACUACUGAUACCAACCAUCCCCCUGUCGAAAGUACGGUCCGCGUCAAGGCAACCAUCACCGACGGUAUGAAAAAAUUACCACAAGCGCCCGGUAUCUAUUCAAUGAAUGGCUUCUUCACUCUCAACCAUGACCAAGUCCAACUCGUUGAGAGAACGCCCACCAUCGACGCUUUGAUCCACAUUGGGGUCUUGACUCCUGAUGUUGAAUAA